CCUUUAGCACAACAUCCCCGUCGACUGGGGUGUGAUCCGCAGGCAAGGACAUCUGCGCCAUUAAAUUAACAAUAUAACACGAUAGUGCAAAACAAAACCAUUAGAUAAUACACUAAAAAUACGACCAUCUACAUAGUAUCAGUAGGAACGAAGCCUCCAAGAAAAUCCUACAGGAACCCAGUCUCCCGAUGUGCAAGUGUUAGGUGAUGGUCUUAUAGAUGGAUCGCAAUGAAGACACUAUGAGGACGGGUUCCGAGCUGAUCUUGUGUCCCCCCGACGCGGCCUGAUUCAGGGCAGCUGCGCGGUGCGCGAGAGAGCCGGACGCUAUGCACCCCCCGCCCAGGUGACGCUGUCGCCUCCACCCGCGGAACAUGUCAUGGGACUCCCUGGAGUCACGCGACUUCCUCGGCGGGGUGCCGGCGCACCAGCUGUCGGCCACGCGACUGCUCAGCUCCCCUGAUACUUCGCGACACCACCUCGAUGAACAGCCGGAGGUGUACCCAUUCUCGGAAGACUAUAACGGCGGCGACGCCCGCAACGGGGCGCUCCGCUGGGGCUCCCGGUUCGGGCCGGCGCUCCGCCCCCCCACCGCGGGGCUGCUCGACUGCUUCCGCGUGUGCCGCUCCCGGCUGGACCAGUACUUGGCUAGGAGGAAGAUUGAACGCGGCGUCCGCCUCUACGGGCAGAACGAACAGCGACUUGCGGUCAAAGUAUGGCUCUCGGCGUUGCGUGGCGUGCGACACCGCACCGACAAGUUCGCGCUGCUGGGACACUUGUAUCAAGCUUACAUGGAUUUUGGAAAAUACAGGGAAUCUCUGGAGUUUGCCAAUCGGCAACUGGGCAUAUCCGAAGAACUGGACUCGGCUCCGAUGCGCGCAGAGGCUUAUUUGAACUUGGCUCGUGCACAUCAGACUUUAGGGGGCCUCGAUAGAGCCUUGUCCUAUGCCCGCCAUGCUCUGUACAAUGAUUGCGGCGGGGGUUCCACCGCGGGCUGCGUGCACCUCACGGUGGCGGCCGUCAGCCUCGAGUUGGGCGCCUUCUCCAAGGCCAUGGACGGUUUCCAGAAGGCCCUGGCUGUUGCGCAGGCGCAGAACGACAACACUCUACUGUUGCAGGUUAAUUUUGUCAAGGUAUACGUGGGUCUAUCAGAGUUGUGGCGUCGCCUGCGCGACGCAGAGCGCGCGGUGGCGUGCGCAGCGCGCGCGUGCGACCUCGGGCGCGGCCCGCGCGCCGCGGACCUCAACACGCGCCACCACCGCACCGCGCUGCUGCAGAUGGCGGCGGCGCUGCGCGCGCGCGGGGAGCUGGGGGACGCACAUGACUAUUGUAAUGAGGCACUGAGACUGGCAGCAGUGGCUGGAGACCAGGGUUGUUAUGCCAGGGCGGUCAGAAUUGCCGGAGACGUUUACAGGAGAAAAUGUGACGUGGGGAAAGCUCUCAGGCAUUACGAAGUGGCGAUGGGCGCGGGGCAAGCGCUCGGCGACCGCCUGGCCCAGAUGGAGGCCAUGGACGGCGCCGCGCGCUGCCUGGAGGCGCUGCGCCUGCAGGGCCGGAUCUGCAACUGUCGCCCGCUGGAGUUCAACACGAGGCUGCUGGAAGUCGCUACUUCUGUCGGGGCUAAGAUGCUGGUGCGGCGCGUGCGCUUGCGCCUGGCGGAGAUCUACGCGGCGCUGGGGGACGCGGCGGCGGCGGCGCGACAGCGGCGCGCGGCGGCGGCGUGGGCCGCGCCCGCGUGCGCGCGCUGCCGCGAGCCGCUCGCCGACCAGCCCGAGUCGCUCGCCUCGCUGCCCUGCGCCCACAUCGUGCACCACGCUUGCAUGCCGGAAUCCUGGUCGCGCCGCUCGACGCGCAGCCAGAGCGGCGCGGCGGGCGCGGAGUGCGCGGAGUGCGCGUCGCCGCGCGCGCCCCGCGCGCCGCCGCCCGCGCCGCCCGCGCCCCGCACGCUGCCCUCGCAGGACUUUCCGUUUGGCACCCCGCCCACGAUGCGAGAUUCUGACUUGAACUCUGUUGUGUCAGACCGCAGCAGCCAGCAAGCGACAUCAAGUGUUUAAACAAAAUAUUUACUUUUAUAUAUAUUAUGUUGUUAAUUUGCUAUUAAUUUUUUGAGAAACUUCGUAAUAAUUAAUUGUUAUUUAUAAUGUGGACAGACUUAAAUUUACAUGGCACGAUUUGCCCACAUGUAGAAAACCUACCAAUGAUAAUAAAACAUAUUGCUUCUUUACAUUUGUGUCAAAAAUGUAGAUAGAUAUCGAAUGUAAUUAUAUAUUUUUCAUCACCACUCCUUAAAAUGCUAUGAGUAUCAAUUUGAACCUAACUCGUUUCAUAUUUUACUGAAAAUUUAAUUAAUAUUGAGUGGAAAAGGGGCAUAUAAAUUGAUCGAAAAUAUAUGAUUUUAUUUAGAACGUAGGUACUCAUUUGUUUAACAAGGGAUUAUGAAAUAAGGUGAACGAAAAGUUUAAAUGUACGAAAGAAAUAUGUGGUAAAGCCGAAGGAUCCUAAGGAAUUGCUGUAAACGAUUGAAAAGGAACGAAUUGUCCAUAUCCUUUUAAAUUAAUAUAAUUAUCUAACUUUAGGAUAUGAUUCCUUUAACAUACGCUUUAUUAACCAAAAUAAACCUUUGUUUUGUACGAAUUAUUGAUGUGAAUUAAUUAUUAUUAUAUACAUUAAUAGUAUUGACGUAUAUUACAUAAUAUCAUAUAAUUAUACAUCACAACAUCCUUUAAAUAAAGUAGGGUAUAAUUAAUGAUUUUUGAAAAAUAUAUACGCUUAUAAACUCAUUACAUUUGUUGCUAUGAAGUUUUUAUUUAUUACUUAUGUUUUAGUAUUUAAUAUUCAUAGCUAUUAGUUAAGAGUAAAUAUAUAAUGCUUAAAUAUCGAAAUGUUCCGAAUAAACACAUUUAUAAAAUAUAUAGAUCCAUAAGAACGAUUUCUCAACUGCCAAAUAGGUGUGGUCAAUUAAGUAAAACAAGACAUAAAUUAAACUAUAAAAAAUAUUUACUCAAAAUUACCUGCACUGGUUUCAUAAAAUGGCACAUCCAUAAUUAAGGUAUUUAUCGUAAGAUACUCUCGACGACAUCAUUAUAAUUUGUCGAAUAUUUUUACGUGCUUAAAUUCAAAUUAAUAUGAUGUCUUAAACAAAAAAAUAUAUAUGUACAUCUGUUGUCAUAAAAAGAUAUGACAAAGAAAAAGUAAUAAAUUAUCACUUAUUUGAAACAUAAAGUAAAUAUAUAUAUAUAUAAAGUUAAAACCAUAUAACUAUUAUGAUUAUCAAUUGAUCACUUAAUAAAAUGUCUAAAUAGAGUUGUUAAGCAAAAACUGUGAGAUACUGACGUUUUAAAAACGUCCUAUUAUAGAUAUUACAAAUGUUAUAUUGACAUUCUACUGUGUCCUUCAAUAAUGUACGUACCUGCACUAGAAUAUAAAUAAGUAUAUCUUCUAUCUAUGUAUUAAAUUAUUAUAAGUAUAUAUAUUUCAAUAUAAUUAAUUUGAUUUACUAUACUUCUAGAAAAAAAUAUUGUUAAUUUUAUUUUGAGAUACUUUAUGUUCGUGUGAAAAUGUAUAACAACUUGUUAAACUAAUUUACCAAAGUCUUAAUCACACUAUAAUACUAACUAGCUAUCGUAGUGAAUGCACAGUAUGGUGUUAUAAUUUAUUUUAUUAUUAUAUUAUUGUGUCGUAGAACUCUUAGUAAGUAUUUGUGUUCCAGUGCAAUAAUAUCUAUCUAUUGUGUGUGUAACGAACGAUGUAUGUCUAAUAAAAGAUCGUUAAUAUACAAUUAUAAAAUUUACUCGUACCUAUACUAACUUGGCGCUUGCACAACCGUGCACUCCAUCUGUUCUAUGAAUGAAUAAGUAAUUAACGGUCUUUUAUUUUAUAUAAGUUAUUUAAAGGUAUUUAAAAAAAUAUAUUAUUAACCACGUCAAAAUAUAUGUCAUUCUGAACAAAACAAAUUAUAAAAAUUGUUAUUUAAAAAAAAAUGAACAUGUAGUUGUGAAAUUGGCGUUGUGUUAAUCGGUCAUUUAGAUAAAGUUGAAAUAUGAUUGUUCGUUAUAUUUUAAAAU